AUUUUGUGCGAUCGACAGUAAAAACGGUAUGAUCCGCAAGUGCAAUGCGAUGAACAUGGCACGGAAGCUCGACGUAGUUAUAUUUGGUGCUAGUGGCUUCACGGGAAAGUACACGGUGCUGGAAAGCAUUAAACUUCUGGCGAAUAUGAGAUGGGCCAUUGCCGGGAGAAGCCAAUCAAAGCUUGAAGAAGUACUGAAAGAAGUAGGUGAUAAGGCCAAAACGGAUCUGUCCAGGGUGCCAAUAGUGCUUGCGGAUGUUAAUAAUCAAGAUUCGCUUAUUAAUAUGGCACGUGAUUGUCGUGUGGUGGUAAAUUGUUGCGGUCCGUACCGGCUAUACGGUGAGCCGGUGGUGAAAGCGUGUCUAGAAACACGCACACAUCAUGUGGACGUAAGUGGUGAACCUCAGUUUCUUGAGGGAAUGCAGCUAAAGUACCAUGAAGCUGCUAAGGAGAAGGGAAUUUACAUGAUUUCGGCAUGCGGUUUCGACAGCAUUCCAGCUGACAUGGGAACCGUAUUUUUGGAGCAACAGUUCGAUGGCGUUGUUAAUUCGGUAGAGAGCUAUGUUGUCACUAAAACGCAAGGCCGCCGAGAGUUGGGUGGUAUCCAUUACGGGACCUGGGCUUCUGCCGUGCACGCUAUCGCAAACCAAGAUGAAGUGGGACAUAUUCGCAGGAAGCUGUUUGCAAAGAAACUACCCGACGUGAAACCGAAAUUACGCGAAAGGCCAACACUACAUAAAUCCUUCAACGGGAACAAAUGGUCGCUGCCAUUCCAGGGUGCUGACCGAUCGUGCGUUGCACGUACUCAAAGAUUUUUGUAUGAAACGGAAAACAAACGACCUUUGCAGAUGCGAGCCUAUAUAUCUUUCGGCGGAUUAUUAGAAGUAUGUGCGGUAUCAUUUGUUGGCGCCAUAUUUUGGCUUAUGGUCAAGACAUCGCUGGGAAGACAGAUGCUGUUAAAUUACCCGAGACUAUUUUCUCUCGGGAUGGUUUCCCAUGAAGGUCCGAGUGACGAGGCAAUGAACAACGUAAAGUUUACAUUGUAUUUUGAAGGAAAAGGAUGGGAAGACAAGUUGGCCAGCCCAGAGGACGUUUAUACCAAUCCUCCGAAUAAGGUGAUUCACACAAAAGUUGGAGGAACAAAUCCAGGCUACGGUGCGACAUGCGUUGCGUUAAUUCUUUGCGCUAGGACUAUCCUGUUGGAAGCGGAGCACAUGCCUGGGGAAGGAGGCUAUCUGACUCCCGGAGCUGCAUUUGCCAAGACAAACCUGAUUAACAACCUACGUGAAAAUGGCUUUACUUUUGAAGUUCUUUCAACAUCAAAGUUGUAGAAGUAAACAUGCAUUCAGAGGUUCGCCGUAAUGCGUUUUAUAAUUAUU